UCGCUACUAUGCGCCACCUACAAUUGGGGCCUCUUAUAGGGCAGUCGUUGCAGUCGAACUUGACAGAUCAGAGCAAAUCAGUCAGUUGUUCAGAGACGCUCGAACUGACAGGAUCAUUUGAAGUGCGACAGUUGUUGUAGACACUUAGUAAGUUCAGCAAGAUCAUAGUUAUUGUCAACAUGGUGCAAACACGCUCGAUGCAAAGAAAAAGCGGCGGAGCUCUGUGCGGGGACUUCGUUCCGCAAAGGCGGCGAACUCAGAGAAUUGCGGUGAGAGAAGAGAACGCCGAGACUAUUCUUCGAGAUGCGAUCGACGUGGUUUUCAAAUAUCUGGACAUGCGUGAUCUGCAUGCUGCCUCUCAAGUCUGCAGUUCUUGGAACGUAGCAGCAGCCCGAGAAGCGACGAAAAGGAGCCAUAUACAGCAACUGCUGAUACCUCACAACUCAGAAGACCUUGCCAACUCCAACUCCGUCUAUCACAUACCCGCCGCUCUGAGCGUCAAGCCAUGCGUGGCCCUGUUUUUUGUGGAAUCUAGACUGAUAGAGGAAUUCAAUUUCGGACGUUCGGACAGCUCGCUGCCCAUAGCUCGUCAAAUGGGGUCAGUCCGUACAUUAGCUCCACCGAUGAUGGACAACCAUUUCGAAAACUGUUUUAUGUCGCCAGUUUUCAACGUCUACAAACAGCAGCUUCCUGAAAAGCUGAUAGGAAUGGAAGUCUCCGAGUACACGACAGACAAACACGUCGCCAUGCCGAAGGAGCUGAAGCAACAGGUCACUUUGGAGGCUGCAGGUAGCCAGAGCAUCCUCGGGAUAUUCCUGCCGAAGAAAAAGGAAUUGAACGUGCGCGUGGCGUGGUGCGAGAAUUUCAACGACGACGUAAACGACGUGGCCGACAACAUAGCCGAUCAACUGAUCUUUGAUGAUCUGCCUGAGAAUUACGGAUCCGCCAUGCUGGUAUUCGCACAGUCGCUGGCGGGAUACUUCCUCGCUGAGAAAGUCGUACUGAACGUAACCAGAAAAUAUCCGAGCAGAAACGAGCACGCCUGGGGUGGCCUGUUUGGCAAUGAGCUCGGGGCCACCAACUGUCAAGAGAUUGACUCGUCGAUCGACAACAAGAAAAUCUUCGUAGGACUAAGAAUCGCUAGUCCGGGACUUCAGACCUGGAUGACAGUCAUCGACUGCUCGGACAGAAGAGAUGAGGUAGUGCAAAAACUGCAGGAGUUUAGACAGCAAGUGCAACGCAAGAAGCACACCAUUGGACUGGCCUAUGGACCGAAGUUCAUACGACCUUUUGCCAAAAGUAAUAUCGAUUUGUUUUACGAUGGCCAAGAUGUCAUGAGAGCGAUCAAAGGUGUCUUCACCGACAUCGGAUUCUCGGGAUUUCUCAAUCGCGAUUCCAGGAUUUUGAUUAGCUCCAAUGCGAUUGACGAAGAAUUGUGCCAGAGAAUGAGUCGAGAUAAGUUCAUGACUCUGAUCGUCAUCGCUUACGACUGAAGCUUUCGUGGAGAAUUUCACCGAGAUCGAAUAAAUAGUUAUGACAUAUGUACAAAUGUAAAUACCUGCAAUAAAAU